UGUCGACUUUCCAUAAAUCUCUUACUGUCGACUCUCCAGUCAUUCGCGCUCACGUAGUACGACGUCGGACUUUUUCAUAUGCUUACUACACUCGUUAUAACUUAUGACAAGAUGACCACAAUUAAAACCAACACCGACGUGCAACUUCGCGACAGCGAGCCACAAAAUGCCACUUCCACAGCUGAGAAGAUAGGAACAGCCGAAGACCAGAAAGACAUGCAUAGAAUGGGAAAAACGCAAGAAUUGCGCCGGAACUUCCGUUUCGUUUCCAUCUUUGGAUACUCGAUGAUCUUAAUGUCUACAUGGGAGACUGUGUUAACUACUUUGACCAUACCAUUGACGAACGGCGGUACUGGCGGUGCGAUAUUCGUCUUUCUCGGAACUGCAGUUGGUAUGGGUUUUGUCAUCGCAUCUAUGGCUGAGAUGGCUUCCAUGGCCCCCACGUCAGGCGGUCAAUAUCACUGGGUCUCUGAGUUUGCACCUCGAGAGCACCAGAGGUUCCUGAGCUAUGUUGUCGGCUGGUUGUGUGUUCUUGGCUGGCAAACAGGUAUCGCCUCCGUUGCUUUCCUAGCUGGCGGCCAAAUCCAAGGCUUGAUCAUUCUAAACAACAACAACUACGUUCCAGAACGUUGGCACAGUACACUCCUCAUUGUUGCAGUCGCGAGCUUUGCUAUACUGUUCAACACGCUUCUCGCACGCAAACUUCCCCUUGUUGAAGCCACAGUGCUAGUCCUCCACAUAUUUAGCUUUAUUGCUAUCUUCACUAUUAUGUAGGCUCUUAGAACGCACAGCAAGCCUAGCUAAGUAUUUAGGUCUUUCUAGGAUAAUGCUAGGUAAGGUAACAUAGGUCUAUCCUGUCUAAUUAGCUAACUCGCU